AUGGGAUCUGAGACGUUCAUCAACAAUGACCUGCGCCGGGCUGGCACCGAAGCAAAGAGGCAGCAUGACCGCAAGGCGAAGUGGGCUCACGGUGGUCGAAGUGCGCUACCCCGACAGAACUUGGUGACGCCUUUCCUGCCCUUAACUCGUCCUGCGAAGCCAGCGCACCGCCAUAUCCCCGUCCUGAAGCGCGCAAACCAACAUAACAUCAACCAGCUCGCCCGAUAUUCCCAGAUGGCCCUACGUCACGAUAUUCGAGAGAUUCUCGACAGCGGUCCGUCGGAUUCGUCGAGUGGCGAGGAAGUCGAGGGUCCCACGGUGGUCGAGACACACCCGGCUAUCGUGCAGGAUGAGCAAGAUGAUCUGCUGUAUCCAUUCGAGGUGUCCGCCCAGACCAUCCUGUCUGACGCGGUGAACAAGGCCGUCGAGAAGUUCGAGACGAAGGAGACAGAGAAACUGGUCAGGGAGUACGAGAUCGUUGUACACGAAAGCGAGAUGGGCGGCGGUUAUCUCGCGGACGAUGAUUUCGAGCUGAUCGAUCGCACCGAGCUGUGA